AUGGCGACACCUGGCAGAGACGAGAAGCACGAGCAGCAGUGUCGGACCCAGUCGACGUCCAAAACGACCAAAAUCCCUUCUUGCCUCGACAAGAGGGUCGGUGAACGCUACAACCUGUGGAGGCACAUUCAGCUGUAUUACAAGAGCACCUACUCUAUCAUGAACGGUCAGAGUAUUGUCGUGUUCAUGACAGAUGAUAAUAAUGAAGAGCAAGCACAGCGUUUCUAUUCACUCUAUUGCAGUAGUAUAUACAUGCUAUCAUUCAGGGUUGAGCGUGAGGUAUUUGCAGAACUGCUGAGUCAGGAACGAUCCCCCUGGACACAUUACACUAGGCCCAACCUGCGCGACAGCUUUGUGAUGCGUCUGAACGAUAUCGCAGAAAAGCGGUCGAUAAGACUGGAUCCGACUCUACUGAUGUCUACUAGCCUGGAGUGCAUGAAUCGAGUCAUUGAAAGAUCGCGAUACCUUGUAUAG